AUGGUCAGCAGCCCGGUGAGCGAGAACACCAGAGUCUACGUCGCGGCCAACAACACUGCCGGCAUCUCCGGUGGCAAGGACAUUCCGGCCGUGUGCACCGACUGGGGAGUUUACCAGUUUGCCGACUACUUACUGGAUCCUGAGAACCCCAACUGGGUCACCAACAAGGUCACUCGCUACUCUGAAGCUCUCAACCAGACCUUGCAAACCCUAACUCCGGGCAAGGGAGGUGACAACUCUCCCGACGCAUGGGACAGACUGAACAAAGCCAAGGAGAGGCUGGCUAUCUACAAGAAGGAGAAGGAUGCGGCCUAUGAUGAGGCCAUUCUAGACUUCAAGCGCGAUGAUAACCCGGACAAGCCCAAGUCUUUCGCUCAGUGGGCUCCUCUGAAUGCCACCGCUUACCUGGUUGCUGUGCAGAACUGGGAGGGCGCUGCCAACGAAGUCCAGAUGCGAACCAAUGCCAUUGGCGGCUCUGGCUCUGCUCUGCUGGCCAACGCGAUGAAGCAGGCUGCCAAUGGACAGAACAUACUGACCGAAUUGAACGGAUACAACAUGAAGGCCAGCAUUCAAUCGGUGGUCUACGAUGCUUCCGGAAAGCCUAUCCUCCCGGACCCCCUCAACACCCAAUAUGUACCUCAGUACUCCCUCAACGUGAACUAUGCAGCUCUCCUCGAUGGUUGGGUCGGCAACACAAACCAGGACGCGUCCACAUUCCAGGUCAACCUAUCCACUGGCGAGAGUGCCUCUUACAAGGACAUUGGUUUCACCGAGGCACAGGGAAAUGCUUCCUUUAGCCGAUUCCCGGUGUUUGAGUUCUAUGCCAGUGGAGGCGGAAAGGUCGAGCACUCCAGCUUUGACAUGAGCUCCAACGCCAAGGACGUCAGUGUCACCAUCACGAUCGACCACUACCAGACGAUCUCCUUCCAGCCCGGUGCCUGGAACGUCGAUGUCAAUGGCCUCAUCGCCAAGCUGGAGGCCAAGCCCCCGGCCAUGUUCAAGAAGGUGCGCCCUACCCAGAUGCUGGUCGCCCGGGGUGUGAGCAUGAAGAUCACGUUCGGAGGCGAUGCCAAGACAGCCUUCGACAAGGACUACAAGAAGACGGUCCAAGGUGGCGGCGGUGUCAGGAUCUUUGGAUUCAACAUUGGUGCCACCGGCUCCUCUUCUAAGGAGAACGGGUCCCAUGGCAACACUUGGGACUCCAGCUCUGGUGUCCUCACCAUCAAUGCCGAGAACGUUCGUGCAUCCGCCAACGUGCUGGCUGUUAUGGGCGAGAUUGUCAGCGCUUAG